ACACCCUAUACCGGUCCGGUGGCAUCCGUGUUUACCAAAGUAUGGCGGCGCAAGGAGACCGCGGUGUCCCGUUCAGUACUCUUAGUCCCAAAUAUCUUCAUGCUAAUUCCACCAGCCACACCUGGCCCUUCAGCGCCAUAGCUGAGCUCAUCGACAAUGCCUAUGAUCCAGAUGUCAAUGCCAAACAGUUCUGGAUUGAUAAGAUUGUGGUCAAAGAUAAGGACUGCCUUAGCUUUAUGGAUAAUGGAUAUGGACUAGACAAAGAUAAAAUACACAAGAUGCUCAGCUUUGGCUACAGUGACAAGACUCCUAUAAACGGUGUAACGCCGAUUGGUAUGUACGGCAACGGUUUCAAGUCUGGAUCCAUGCGCCUCGGCAAAGACGCCAUCGUGUUUUCAAAGUCAAAGAGUGUGUCCUGCGUUGGGAUGCUCUCUCAGACCUACCUGGAAGAGAUUGGUGCUAAACAAAUAAUUGUUCCUAUUGUAUGCUUUGAAUGGAAUGAAAAAAGCAAGUUCAGUGUAAAAGAAGAACACAAGGCCAGUCUUCAGGACAUCCUGAGCUAUUCCCCAUUCAACAAAGUGGACGAAAUUCAUGCUGAGAUCGAAGCCAUCAGUUCCCAUGGGUCCGAAACCGGCACACAGAUCAUCAUCUGGAAUCUCCGCAGUACAUCUAGUAGACCAUCAGAAUUUGAUUUUGAGAGGGACCGCUACGAUUUCAGAAUACCAUCUGAACUCGACGAGACAAUGAAGGACGCUGUUCCAAAACCAGGUCCAAGUCAAGCGACCGAGUCAAACACCCCUGAGAGUGUUUCCUCACUGCGGGCAUAUUGCAGUAUUCUCUACUUGAAGCCUCGGAUGAAAAUCAUCAUACGGGGUCAAAAGGUGAAAUCUCAGCUCAUUGCUAAGACACUGGCCUCCGUCAGAAAGGACCACUACAAGCCCACUUUCCUGACCAAACGCAUUCCCAUCACUUUUGGCUAUAACACCAAAAGUGAAGACCAGUAUGGCAUUAUGAUGUAUCACAAGAAUCGGCUCAUCAAAGCCUAUGAACGUGUAGGCUGCCAGCUCAAGGCCAACAAGGAAGGAGUUGGGGUCAUUGGGAUCAUAGAGUGUUUCUUUCUGGAACCUACCCACAACAAACAGAGCUUUGAUGAGACAGAUAAGUACAGGAAAACAAUGAACAACUUGGGGACCAAACUGAAGGAGUACUGGAAUGAAAUUGCCUACAAGAAAAAACAAGAGAAUCCAAACAGCACCAUACCCAUGGAAGAUAUCACGAAGCGACCAGAUCAAAACUGGGUGCAGUGUGAUGAGUGCUUGCGCUGGCGCAAACUCCCUGAUGGGAUCGACGACCUCAAGCUGCCAGAGAAAUGGUACUGCCAUUUGAACCCGGAUCCUCAGUUCAGGAGCUGCCAGGCAGAAGAGGAGCCUGAGGACUCAGAUGACGAUCUGCAACCUUCAUACUGCAAGACGUAUAAACUAAAAGAAAAGGAAGAGCAAAAGGCUGAGGAGGCUCAAAAGCAUCAGGAAGCGCUGCAUUUGGCUAAUGUCACCAAGCAGAAACAGGCCCAAAUACAUCCGCAGGCUGUGGCUCCCCCCUCCACACCUACUACCCCAAAGACUUGCAGCCCAAGUAGCAGUGAUCUUCCAAUUAAUCCCCCCCAGAGCAAGGGGAAAAGAACCCAGCCUGCUUCUCCACAAAUGACCCCCAAAAGACAGAGACAGAAUGGCUUCGCUCAGGGCAAAUUAGACCCAUCAACAUCAGUGAAUGUGAGCCCACUGAGCUCCCCAUCAGUUCUCAGUGAUAACGAAAAUGAUGAUGACAUUUGCAUCUUGGAGUGGGCCAGUACCCCCAAGCCAAAUCUGACCGUCAACUUGUCUAAAGUGAAGACCGAGGCGGAGCAAAGUGAUGCUGAGGUGGUCAAGGUGAUGGAGUGCAGCGAUGAUGCUGCUUUGGAUAACGGCCCAGAGAUAAAUGCUGCGGGAACGAGCUCUACAGCGUCUGCAGCUGUGGGAACCAGUACCUCCACAGCACCCCCCACAGAGGUGUCCACUAGCACCACCCAAAUCACAAACCAAACUGAAGGGGAGGAGAGAGUGGCGCUGAGUACAUCUAAUAAGAGUGAUAUAACAAAGCCUUCAGGUGUCUGCAGUGUCGAGCAAAGUGUAACUAAGGAAGAGAGCAGUGUAGAUACCACGAAGCGACCAGAUCAAAACUGCGUGCAGUGUGAUGAGGGUUUGCACUGGUGCAAACUCACUGAUGGGAUCGACUCCGACAAGCUGCCAGAGAAAUUGUACUGCCAUUUGAACCCGGAUCCUCAGUUCAGGAGGUGCAAGGCUGAACAGGAGGCUGUGGACUCAGAUGAUAAAGUCUCAGAUGGAGUGACACAUCAUGAGGAUAGUGAGGAAAAAGCUGGACCUUCUUACCACAGUCUUACCUGCCAACUGCCAGACGCGCGGAGCAGGCUGCAGGAGCUGAUCAGUGUGAAGGAGAGCUCCAACCAGGCCAGCCAGACCAGUGGCGGCGCCAGAGAUUUUCUUUUGGGGGUGCUGUGGGGUAGCUUGAUGUUUCAUAGAGGGUGCUCAAACAUUUAGGGUUUCCCAUUAAGCUACCGGGCGCUACAGUUGAAUUUUCCACUGUAACACUCCCCACACGCAUA